AUGGAAAAUCAAAAAGUAGCACGUGGAAAUUUGCUUGCGAAAAUAGCACGUGAACAAUGUAGAACCAUCUACUUGGAUUUUAGUAUUAAUACAUUGGAGAAUGAAGUUGAUCAGCGAGCAUUACCUGAUGAUGAUCUAAUUGGUGAUGAAGAUGAUGGAUUUGUUACAGUUAGUGAUGAAGAAGAGGAUAUUCAACACCAACACCAACAACAAACUUCGGAAGCACCAAUAGUAAUGACAUCCCUCAUCAAUGAUGAUGUAGCACAGAGAAUUGUAACGAUUAGUACGAGUAGUACUGCCUCUCCUAAUCAUGUCUAUCAUUAUGAGUAUGGCAUUCUAGGUGAAGACUCACAUACUCAAUCUGUCUUGUAUAAGAAUCGAUUGUAUUGUAUUAAUAUCAAGUAUGAAUAUAUUGGUGUUCAUUCAUUGUUGGAUCCAGUGAUGGAACAGCCAAUGAUUUCAAUGCCAACUCUUUAUCAAUCCACUGAGGGAUUGAUUGUUCCUGAUGAAGUGAAUUUGAUUCCUAAACUUUCUCAUUUGCAAUCAAGAAUGGGAGAAACUGAUUUUGCAUUGUCUGAUGGUAAUACUAUGAGUAAUCACGUCAUGUCUACCUAUAUUAAAACUGGCUUAUUUAGUGGCCAGAAUCCUCCAUUGGAUUUUAAAAGAGUUCAUGCAUUGUUUAAGGCAGUUUGCAUGGAUGAAAAAUUGGGAUUUGUCUAUACAUAUGGUGGUGCUGAUUUUAAUGUGGUUCCACGUCAAGUUUCAAGGAAUUUCCUUAUUUUGGAUUUGGAAAGAUUGGCCUAUGUUCAAUUACCAAUUCCUGUCAAUGUGGAUAAUGAAAGUGAACAAUUAGUACCAAUGGAAGGUCAUACCAUGAUAAAAAGACAUGACAAGAUUUACAUUUUAGGAGGUAACACAAAUGGAUCUGAAUUUAUGAAGAGCUUGUAUGAAAUUGAUGUUAGUGAGGUGGAUAAAUUUUGCCUAGAUUUGAGAAGACGUGAUUUUGGAACUGAACCUAUGAGUGAUAUGAUCAUACCAGUUCCAAAGUUUAGAAAAAUCAUUGCCAAGAAUCAUGAUAUAAUCUCCACAAGAUCCUAUCAUACAUGUGAAUACAUUCCAAAGUAUGAUAUUAUGGUUUCAGUGGCUGGUAAGGUCAGAAAAGGUAUAGAUGCUCCAAUGCUUAACGAAAUUUUGAUUUAUCACUUUAAUAGAAAUGAAUUCCAAGUCAUUGGUGAUCACAACAUUCUCAAUCCAUGGUUGAAAGUUAAAGACCUGCCAUAUGCUCACGUUCUCGGAUCGACACGUAUUUAUGGCUAUGAUUCAUUCUCAACAUUUGACAAUUGUUAUCAAAUGGCAUACUAUGGCGGCUGUUCCACAACUGAUUACGAUUCAGACCAAUCCUAUGAUCCUCACUUGUACAUUUUAUCAUUCAAACCAAGCAAACGAGAAGUUUCCAAUGUAGAUGUCUUGGUAACCAAAGUCAAUCUCAAAGAGAGAGCCAGUUCCGGCUAUACAGCCAUUAACUAUCAUCCAGAAACUUCAAGUUUUUACUUGUUUGGAUCUUUCCAAGCUCAAUCAAGAGAUGAAUUGAGUAUUUUCACAAUGAAAUUUGCAAGCACCAUUCCAGUUCUCAAACAAUUUCCAAAACUUUCUCUUCAAUCAUCCUACAGUGACAUUUCCUUUACAACUUUAGAGUAA